UUCAGAUGCGAACGGAAAAAAGCCCUAAUCGGACCAAACCCUAGGGUUUACUCUAACCGGACCACUAAACCCAUCGGCUUUCUUCUCCUCGUUCAUUUCCUUCAAGGUCUUCCUCUCUUUCUGCAAGUUCUCUUCUUCUCUCUUCGUUUCCACCUUGUUCUUCUGCGUGUUCGAUCGUCAUUUUUGAGCUUGUUUUCCAUGGCUAUGGAGUUGGAGGGCGUUGGCUACUGCGUGGAUGAUAGGUCUCUGUGGCUUUGCUCUGUUUUGGAAGCUCUGAUGGUGGAGUCUGUUUUGACUGCUGUGAACUCUCUCGCUUGGAUUCUCACCACGGCAGGAGAUCUGUUAAAUAAUGUCAAUGCUCCAACAGGAUUAGCUGCAGUUGGUGAAAAAUUUCCAUUCGAAGAACUUCACGCUAAGAGUAAUCCCGAUGAGGAAAAUGUCGAUGGCAGUGAAACAGAGAAUGAUAAAGAUAGAGAUGAAGUCGAUAAUGAUGCGAAUAACCAAGAUGGUGGGGAAAGUGUUGAAGAUUACUCGGCUGAAGAAGGGGAUGACGGCGAUCUAGAGGAUGACCCUGCAGCAAGUGGCAACGGAACAGCUGGAGGUAAUGAGGAAGGUGACGGAGGAGAAGACGAAGAUGAUGACGACGAUGUGAAUGACGAAGAUGAAGACGACGACGACGAUGACGAAGAUUUCUCAGCAGAUGAAGGUGACGAGAGUGAUCAAGGGGAUGACCCAGAAGUAAGUGGUAAUGGAAGAAUUGAAGACGGUGGAGAGGAUGAGGAUGAAGACGACGAUGACAGAGAUGAGGACAAUGACAACACCGACGAAGAAGAGGAGGAUGAAGAUGAAGACGAGGAAACACUUGAACCACCAGCUAAGAGAAGAAAGUGAGUGAGGGGAAUUUAGCCAGUCAGCCAUCGCAUUUAGGAGUAGGAAGAUUGUUGACCCUUGUUCUUAAUGAACCUCCUAUAUUUUAUGUUGUGGAUCCACACUAGAUACCACAAUUUAUUUUGCUAUGACAGUAAGUACUUUACCAUUUA